ACCCUCCCACCGUCGAAGAAGCGGUUAUUGAACAACGGCAAUGGCACAUCAGAGCAAAUCGGCGCCGGAAUACCACGACUGCGGGGGCCCUUCCAACAACCUCCGGGUCGGAAAUCUCUCGCACUCGACAGCGUCACCUCCUAUUCCUCUCGGAGUUACGCUUUCGUCUUCUUCAACCGCGUCGAAGACGCUAAAACCACAUCGCAAGGUUCUCCUCUUCGCGGAUUCACCAUCAGAAUCGAGUUCGCAAAACCUGAAAAACUGUGUAAGAAUCUAUGGAUUGGUGGUGUGAGUUCCACUGUGGCGAAGGAAGAAUUGGAGGUGGAGUUUCGCAAGUUUGGUGAUGUUGUGGAGUUUAGGUUCUUCAGAGACCGCAACACUGCCUGUGUUGAGUUUCCUGAUUUGGAGGAUGCUACUCGGGGCAUGAAAGUCAUGAACGGGAAGCGUUUAGGCGGGGGUCAGAUUCGCGUCGACUUCCCCCGGUCACAAUCUACAAAGAAAUAUCCAUGCUUCAAAGUAGGGAUGGAAAUACGUCAGGCCGUUCCAGGGGCCUAUGCCCUAGCCUACAUCAGGUGGAUUGUGUUAUUUCCAUUUCAACCUCUGCCAAUGGAUACAUUUGGUCAUAAUCGUCCUAGGGUUCCAAAUCAUUUUCCUGGACAGCUGCCGCUUGCACCAAUGCGCCCUUUUGGUCCUCAAGGUCAUGAUCCUCUUAUCUCUGCUCCUGGGUUUAAUCAGAUCGGUCCAAACUGGAAAAGGCCAUCUCCUCCCGCACCAGGAAUGCAUCAUUCUUCUAUGCCUGGUAUUAGGCCUCCUACAAGAUCCACCUCUGGUGCAUGGGAUCUACUUGGCGUAAACCAACUUCAGAGAGAUUCUAAACGUUCAAGGACAAAUGGUGCUUUUCCUAUUGGUAAUCUUUCAAGGAAUAUCGAUAACCAUGGGUUCGAACUAGAACAGACAUAUCGAAUUGAUCCUGUUAUUGAUGGAGGUGGUUCUGGUCCAAAGAGUCACCUUGGUCCGGUCGGCAAUAGGAUCUCAGCUGCAUUUACUGGUUCUGUGACUUCUGUCCAACUUGAUGUUGAUCAUAUAUGGCGUGGAAUAAUUGCAAAAGGAGGUACAGACAUGUGUCGUGCUAGAUGUGUACCUAUUGGGAAAGGGAUAGCGACUGAGCUUCCUGAUGUCAUCAAUUGUGCAGCUAAGAUAAGACUGGAUUUGCUCACAGAGCACUAUGCUGAUGCAGCCGGUUUUGAUGUUGUUUUCUUUCUCCCUGAUAGCGAAGCUGAUUUUGCUUCAUUUACUGAAUUCAUUAACUACCUCAAAGCAAAAAACUGUGCUGGUGUUGUCAAGUUUGUUGAUAACACCCGUUUAUUUUUAGUCCCACCUUCGGAUUUCUUGACGAAGGUUUUGAGAGUCAUAGGACCUGAACGUUUAUAUGGUGUAGUUCUCAAAUUUCCGCUAAAUCCUAGUACUACACCAAUGCAACAAUCUAUGCAUUUGCCUUCACCCUCAACUCAUUAUAUGCAGCAUAUUCUUCCUACGCAAGCUGAGUAUGGUUCAAUCUCUGCAAAGCAGGAACAGGUUUUACCUGUUGAUUAUAACAGAUUGUUGCAUGAAGAUUCUAAGCUUCCUUCAAAACCAGAUCAUCGUGCUACAAGUGGGCUCUAUUCAGUUCGUCCUGUUCCUCCUAACAAUACUGUUUCUGAAUUGUUAACACCUGAGCUUAUUGCAACUUUAACUUCUUUACCCCCUGCAACAACACAAUCAUCUGCCACUGUUGCUGCAAAGACAUCAGUUGACUCCUCGACUGUGAAGCCACGUUUUCCUCCUUUUGCACCUAAUGAUGGAAACCAAGCUCAUUUAUGGAAACAACAAGAUCAUCAAAUUACAUAUCCAACUAGUCAUCAUCCUCAGCAGUUUGGGAGUUCAUAUAACGUUCAAAGUGCUCAAUAUCAUUUUUAUCCACCAGCUUCUACUCCUUACCACUAUGCUCAAGUGGUCUCUGGCUCAGAUAGUUAUCAUUUCCAAGAUACUGCUGCCAGCCUGCAGCAGCUAGGUACUGUUUCAUAUAAACCCAUGCCUAAUUUCACCAUACCUUCUCAAAGUGGACAGGUAGCUGUAUCUCCUCAAGUGGGUCAGCAGUAUCAUGUUGAUGUCUCCGCCAGCACUCAGGGAACAGAUGUAUCAAUUUUAUAUAGUUCUAAUCGCUUCCAGCAACCUAGUAAUUUUAUUCCCCCAUCUACUCAAGUUCCCAGUGCUAAUGGUUUACAGCAACAAACUGUGACACCCUAUACAGCGGACACAGCAGACAGCGUUAACUCAGAGCCUCCAAAGCAGCAGCAUCAACUGGCUUUCUUUGGAGACCAGUCAACCCUACAGUUUGCUAGAAACCUUCUCCAAAUACAGCAACAGCAACCACAAGGAGGGCAUGGGCCAGGAAAUCAACAAUAAGAAUUGCUUUCUGUAAGUAUCUAUCCUAUGGCUAAUUCAUUUAAAUGGAGAAAUCCUUUAUAUCAUGAUAGACUAAGGUUGAAUGAUUUUAGAGAUGUCAUCAUAUUUUUUUUCCCAAGUCUUAUUAUGCCAUAUGUGUAAACUAUGUUGCUUGUGGCUUGUUGCAUGGCUUCGUAGCAAAUGGCAAAGGUAAACCAUCUUCGAUUGUUAACCUGAAAAUCAUAAUCUCACAUGAUCACUAUGGAAACUUUUAUCAUUGGAACUUAAAAAGAAAAAUUAAGCACUCUUAGGCAAUUUAAAUGACUUUGUGAGAAACUCUUGUGAUCCAGAUUGAGGAUGGGUUCACUUGGAACAGGUUACCUCUAUUUUUUGGGUGGUGGGGUGGUGGUGGACAUUAGGUUUCAAUUCUUGUAGCUUCCAUUCUUCUAAAGAAAAAAAUUAAAUUUCAACCCAGGUUGUCCACGCUCCAACCCCAAAGUGCUAUUACUUGAGGGAGUGUUAGUUAUGAUAUAAACCUUUGAUGUGCUUUCACUUGACCAUUUAUGCUUUUGGGGGUAGGGAUGGAUUUGAAGAGAGAGUGCAAGACUGGAACUGGUAGAUUUUGUUGACAAGUUGUCAUUAGGCUGUUUUUCUUUUGGUAAAUUUUUUGUUGUCAAUUUCUUAUUAGCGUGGGUGUUCUUUGGUAGGUUUGCAUAAUUAAUUAUGCUAGGCUAAGGAGUUUUAGGCUUCAUUAAAUCAAACAUGACAUGGGGUAGUACAACUUAUGGGGUUUUUAUCCCCUGUACAGGAAAUCUGCCAUGACAGCUGCAGAUUAGGAUCCUUGCAUUAUGGAUCAGAUGGAGUCUAGUAAACACUUCAUUUAUAGUAGACACACUUUUGUUUAUUUUUCCUUCUAGCGUCUAUUUUUUUAUUUUUACAGUGUACUUAUUUCUGAUUGAUUUGAAUUAUUCUGCUUUAGAUUUCCAUCAUACUGCUUCGUGUCCUCUAUCGUCAUUAUAGGUCAUAAAAUUUCUUUCUACUUUUGUUCAAUUUGCCAUUGCUUAGCUUCUCAUUUGAUUGAAUAUUGUGAGCUUUGCUCUACUGCAAUUGCAUGGUAAUAACCUUAGUUUCAAGUUUUUGUAUGCCAAUAUUUUUUAGUGGUAGGAUUGGAGGACUUUUCCCCCUAGAAGACAGCUUUUAUGGUUGGGAAUUGAAUCAUUAUAACUUUUUCAUUGCAAGCUGUAAUUUUCACUAUGUAAGGAUCUUUAAUGUCCUUUCAAAGAUUAUGUGAAGAUACUUAUCAAAUUUGUAAAUUUAGAGUUACCACUGUUU